UGUCCGACAAAGGCACAAGGAACAAUCACGUUGGCUAAAAUCGCGUCCUGUGAUUGGUCAAGAAGGGCGGUGGCGGGGCGUUAUGUUCUCACUUCCGGCGGCAACGAAGCCGGUGGUUUUCUCAGGUGGUCGCGCGCGCGGGAUAAAAGGAAACAGAUCUGGAUUGGAAAAUUGGCUUCCCCGCCCCGCUAUGGCCUCUCUGCUCAAGGUGGACCCAGAAGUUAAGAUCAAGGUAGACUCUUUCAGGGAGAGAAUCACAGGUGAAGCUGAGGAUCUAGUGGCAAAUUUUUUUCCAAAGAAGCUUUUAGAACUUGAUGGGUUCCUUAAGGAUCCCAUUCUGAACAUUCAUGAUCUCACACAAAUCCACUCAGACAUGAACCUUCCUGUUCCAGACCCAAUUCUUCUGACAAACAGUCACGAUGGACUGGAUGGGUCCAAUAUGAAAAAGCGAAAAUUGGAAGACUGUGAAGAGACCUUCCAAGGUACCAAAGUAUUUGUCAUGCCUAAUGGUAUGCUGAAGAGCAACCAGCAACUGGUGGAUAUCAUUGAGAAAGUAAAACCAGAGAUUCGGCUGCUUAUUGAGAAGUGCAAUACAGUCAAAAUGUGGGUACAACUGCUGAUUCCCAGGAUAGAGGAUGGAAACAACUUUGGUGUUUCUAUUCAGGAAGAGACUGUAGCGGAGCUCCGAACUGUGGAGAGUGAGGCAGCUUCAUAUUUAGAUCAGAUCUCUAGAUAUUACAUCACACGAGCAAAGUUGGUUUCUAAAAUAGCAAAAUAUCCUCAUGUGGAAGAUUAUCGCCGCACAGUGACUGAAAUGGAUGAAAAAGAAUACAUCAGUCUCCGCCUCAUCAUUUCAGAGCUCAGAAAUCAAUACGUGACUCUGCAUGACAUGAUUCUAAAGAAUAUUGAGAAGAUCAAGCGACCUCGGAGCAGCAAUGCAGAGACCCUCUACUGAUCUGGCUGCAUUCUGAAUUUAUGAACUCUUCAGUAGGCUCAAGACAGUCUUUGCCUCAGUUUAUGUGACUAUCAAGAUGGGGAAGCUGGCUGGAAACAGUCCUCACCAUACUUUUAGUUAAACAUCUAAAGAAACUCUCUCCUAGUCCUUUUCUGGUUGGUUUUUUUAUUGGAUCUUUAAAUUUCUCCCUUUUCCUACCAUGUCUUUGAGAUAUAGAAGGAUAGAACAGAGCAUCUCCUCCUAUAUUGGUAGGAAUGGGAGAUUUGCCAAGCUGUUCAAGGCAAGGAUCCCGAGAUCAGAAGCCCUAAAUGAUCCAGGUCUAGCAUCCCUGACAAACUCUUUCCUUAGUUAGGUUGUCCCUGCCAAAAGCAUUGUUGACUUUUACUCAGAGCUGAUGUUUCUAGUCAUAAGCUUUACUUCAGUCUUCCCACUGAAACUCAGUUUUUUCAUCUCAACAUGGUUUGCCCUUAUCUAACUUGUCCAAUCAUGAAGUUCUAAUGCCAUUGUAAAUUUCUUCCUUCUACACGUACUUCUUCCAUUUUAUUUUAUUAUUCUGAAUCCAUACACACACACAUAUAUAAUCUUCCAGAACUUUAUGAGAAAGUAAAUCUACUCUUGCCUAAUAAGGAACUCUUGCAUAGUAUCUAAGUGCAGUGGGCAUUCUCACGCUUUUUUCCUUGGGGCAAGGCAAACCUGUUAGACAGUUUAGCAAAAUUGAUCUGCCUAAUUUCAGCAUGAAUGAUUAAGCACGGAAGACCUCAAGUAUAUUUCAUCUUAAUCCUUUUUUUCUUAACUAUUUUAAUUAAAUGAGCCUAGCACUUGUUUCUUGCCUCACUUUCAGGAAUGCCCAAAGUGUCCUAGGUGUCCUGCUAGGUCUGAAUAAGUCCUGUUGGCUUCUUCCAUUUUCUCGUUCUGGUUCUCAUGAAAACAGAAAGGGGAUGCUAUCUAUCUGGGAUACUGCAGUUUCUUUUCAGAUUUACUAUUUAUCUUUAUAUCCAUCUAGUGCCGUAGUCUUGUUAGUGGUGUUAGAUUUGUUAAAAAAAUAGACAACAGCAACAAUGGCAGGAUGAAUGAAGUUUGUUGGCUGCUUUCCCUGCUUGUUUUAAAGAGGUCUUUUCUCUGCCAUCUCCCAAGGGCACAGGGGGUUCAUUGCCCUGAACUCAUUUUAGAUGCCUCUGCAUCACUGUCACUUGUAGCUGGACAAGCCAUACCUUACCCAGGUAAAAAUUCACAUAACAACUGCCCUCACUACCUGCUCCUGAGAGCAGCCUUCCCUGCUUUUGUUUCCUUGUAUCAGCUGCUUUGUUGGAUUGUUUAUAUUUCCUUGCUACAUUGAACCUAUGUACAACUUCUAUUAUGCCAACAAAUUAAAAGUAACAGGAACUUUUAAUCUAUCUUUAAUCAUCCUUAUAGAUACCAGUGCAUUGGCAACCAAGAUUUCUGUCUGUAUGCAUUUGAUAUUUGCCCUUUCUUACCUCAUUAUUCUUAUCUCAACCUUGUUAGUGAGAAGGAGGUAUAAUUUUAAGUCCUAAGUUUAUUCCCAAGUUUGUUCUCUGAUAUUUUAGAAAGUUAUGGGAUAAAAUGAAGAAUCUCUAUAAUAGUAGCUCUGAAUUUUAAUCUGAUGAUGGUGGAGCAUGAAAUAAGCCACUUUUCAGAUCUUGUUCCUGAGGCUAAUAUUCUGCCGCAUAUCCUUAUGGUGGUAUUUACUUUUUCUGUCUCCUGGGUGAAGCUUGAAGGCAUCCUCAUAAUUCUUUUGUAGUAUAUAUUGAAACCCAGUUGGCUUCCAAACUGAAUGAAUAUCAAUCAUUCAAAAUGGGCUUAAGCAGGAGUAAACUGCUUGCAAUUCCUGGUCUCGUUUCAUGAAACUUGACAUUGAAAGCCUUUUACAAUCAAAUCAGUUUAUUUCUCUAGCAAAAGCAAUGCAUCCUUAAUCUUUGUCUUCUUUGUAAGGGGGAAAAGAGAGAAUACAUUGGAAUAAGAAAAGGGAUGAAAAGGGGGGAUUCCAGAAAGAAUAAGCUCAAUGUAAUUUGCUCUGGCUAAAUGGGUCAGUGGCUUUAGCUCUGGCAUGUGAUGCAGCCCUAGACUGAUUACUUCUAAAGGAACAUGGCCUUCCACAGAAACAGAAAAAAAAUGAUUGCCUCCCUCUAUGUUAUGAUGGUCCAGAAACCACAAGAAAGGGGAGAGGAGCAAAGCCUCAGAUACAUAUAUUGCAAUCUUUAUGUGUGAAUUGAUAGUGUUGGUUAGUAAUGAAUAGUGCCAGAGUGUGUUUUCUUAAAUAAAACAUGUAUAUCUCUA